AUGCCGGAGAUUGGAGAGGCAAAGAACAGCCGGCGACGGGAGGACGGGCAAGAGACGAGACGAGACGAGACGAGAGUGAAAGAGGAAAAACAGAAAUGUUUAGAUAUUGAGAGCACCUACAUAUUGAUUGAUCUGGUAAUAGGGUUUCAAUAUCCGGCACAAGUUGAUUCAUUCGUCCAAUUUCUUAAGAUCCAGAGUGACUACAAGGUGAUGAAUAUGGAUCAGUGGAAGAGUUUUCUACGCUUUCCGGAUCUUCGAAAUUAUGAUACAUGCGAAGCUUGGCCUUUACUUCUCGAUAAUUUUGUCGACUGGCUUAAAAAGAAGGCAGUGUAA